UAUCACGCAGAAGCAUCGCGCUCUCCCAUCUCUCCUCCCCACCUCCUUAGGCACAGCCAGCAGCAGACAUGUCCCAGAAUCCACGCGUUGAGGAGGUCGAUUCCGAUCCUGAAGAGGUUGCUCCCUCUCUCAUCUCUCCGGGGGCCAUCCCGAUGGCUGCAAGGCCACCCCCCGAUCUGCAACGCGAGAUCCCCAAGCACUUCCAGUGCCUCUACCCGGUCUACUUCGAUAAAUCACGGUCGCGCACGGAGGGUCGCAAGGUCGGUGCUGAACUAGCGGUGGAAAAUCCGCUGGCCAGGGAUAUUGUGGAUGCCGUGCAAAUGCUAGGCUUAAGCGCUGGAUUCGAGCCGGAGAAGCUCCAUCCCAAGGACUGGACAAAUCCAGGCCGUGUGAGGGUUAUGCUUAAGGAUAGUAACGGGAGGUUGGUGAAUCCUAAGAUCAAGAAUAAACACCACCUCUACAUUCUUGUCGCGCAGUACCUAAAGGCCCACCCGACCACGGAACAGUCGCCUUAUCGUCUGCGAAUUCGAGGUCUUCCAAUGCCUGAGAAACUGCCAGACGCCCCUCCUGCCCCGCGAGGCUGGAAAAUCGGAAAGAUUCUCCCCAUCCACUCACCCGCGUAUAGCGGCGGUGGGGUCAGCGAUAACCCGUUCAAGGAGGCCAUGGCGGAAAUGCAGAAUAUGCAGGGAAUGCCAGGAAUGCCAGGAAUGCCAGGAAUGCCAGGAAUGCCGGGUAUGCCCAGCGAACCGGCCACGGGUGAGAAGAAGAAGAAAGACAAGAAGAAGGGCAAGGCAUGAACCUCGUUUACAAAUCAGGCUCUCUUUUUUUGAGAUUGUGUUAUGUCCUUUUUAUUCAGUUCUUAUGGGUUGCAUUGCACGGCGACGGGCGUACUUUUUUUUGCUAUUUUUCAUAUCCAGUGAACACGCGUUUUCUGAUUUCCUAAUACCACAUUUUACGGAAUAAUGGCGACAGAAAUUGUAUUAUAUUAUAAUUUGUAUUAUUUUUCAUUAGCUGCCUUCUCCACGGUGCAACUGUUGCAUGACCGGCAAGCUACUAGUGGACGAGGAUAAGGCAACACAUGCAACCAGGACCCUCAACCGCA